AAUAAUAAUAGGGGGGACUCGGAAAGAUGAGAUGCAGGCAUCAUCAUAAUGAGCCAUAAAACACGAUCGACAUCCACAUUCCUGAUUGGGCCAAACGGUGCGCUCGCCAGGCAGCUUAUAUGGAUAUAUAGCGAUGCUUUCCCUGUUCUUCAUUCCGUCAGCGACAACUUUUCGACAAAGAUAAAGCAAAAUGUCCAGGACAAAGGACCCAUCGGACAUUCCUCAAACCCCAAUUGAGAAGCAGGAUAUAUCUUUACAGCAUCCUGAAACGACAGAUGAAGGGCAGGAAACUGCCAUAAAGAUCCCGGAUGAAGCUGAUCCAGACAAAGGUGGUGGGGAUGAAGAGAAGAAGGAUGCAGAGCCGAAAGAAAGUGCCUCUGUUGCCAACUAUUUUAGGAUCCUCUCCUAUGCGACUGGAAAAGAUCGCAUUGUGCUCGUAAUGGCACUCAUUGCCGCCGUUGGAUCCGGAGUUCCUCUUCCACUCAUGAAUAUUAUUUUCGGAAACCUGGUUGGCAAAUUCAGUGGAUACUUUACGCCAGGCACAUCAGUCACCAAGGAAGACUUCAAAUCGUCUGUGAACGAGCUAAGUUUGUACAUCGUGUACUUGUUCAUCGCAAAGUUCUGCCUGACUUACAUCGCCAUGUUUUGUUUCCGAGUCGUUGGUCUCCGUGUCUCAGCAGGUCUCAGGCUCGAGUAUAUGCAGUCGCUCUUUUCGCAACCGAUCAGUAAACUCGAUGAAGUGUCCGUGGGAACAGUCACAAACACCAUAACGUCACUUUCCAACACCAUUCAACAGAGUGUUUCAGACAAGUUGGCCAUCCUAUUUCAGUCGGUCGCGCUCCUCAUCACUGCUUUUAUCAUCGCUUUCAAGUACUCGUGGGCUUUGACGCUUGCUACCAGCGCAUCUCUCCUAUUCAUUGUGCUCGGUUUCUGUGUGACUGUUCCGGCUAUCAUAAAGAUCCAGCAAAGAGUUGAUAAGGCGGACGAGAAACAUUCAUCGAUCGCCGCAGAGGUAUUUGCUUCUGUUCGGACGGUCUUUUCCCUUGGCGCACAGGAGUCCCUUUCCAAGAAAUACGGAGAGUGGGUGCAAGAGGCACGGAAGCGAGGUCAGGGCAUGUCCAUCAUUAUGGGGAUCCACCUCGCUCUCCUCUUCUUUGCAAUGUACUCGAGUUAUUCACUGGCAUUUUGGUUUGGACUGAAGCUGUACCGAGAGGGGCAUAUUGAGAAUAUCAAUACGGUUAUUACUGUCUUCUUCUCAGUUACCAUUGUCGUCAGUAUUUUAGGAAGUAUCGCGACGCCGUUGAUGACCAUCUCCAAGGCGAUCAGUGCCUCCGGAUCGUUCUUUGAAAUGAUAGACGCAGAGGGGCAAGAGUCAGGAGGUCUUCGUGAUCCAGAUGCUUCAGCCCAGGUGGAUAUUGUGUUUGAUGAUGUCCGUUUUACAUAUCCUUCGCGGUCGGACGUUCCUAUCCUCAAGGGCCUCAAUGCACGAUUCCAAAAAGGGAAAACGACAGCAUUGGUCGGUCCUUCGGGCUCCGGGAAAAGCACCAUCGUUGCUCUUGUCGAGAGAUGGUACCAGCUUGCCAUUGGCGAGGAGGGAAACACCCCAGGUGCAAUUUUCGUGGGCGAGCAUAACAUCAAUAGUCUCGAUCUCAAGUGGUGGAGAUCCCAGAUUGGUCUUGUGCAACAAGAGCCAUUUCUCUUCAACGACACAAUAUUCAAUAAUGUAUCAUUUGGCCUGAUCGGAACGAAAUGGGAGAAUGAGACGGAUGAAGUCAGAAAGGGGCUUGUGGAGAAAGCGUGUCGAGAGGCUUUCGCCGAGGAGUUUAUCGAGCGUCUACCUGAGGGUUACGAAACCAUCGUGGGAGAGAGUGGUAUACGAUUGAGUGGUGGCCAAAGACAGAGACUUGCGAUAGCACGAAGCAUUGUGAAGGAGCCCGCCAUUCUGAUAUUGGACGAGGCGACGAGUGCGAUCGAUGUUCGUGGAGAAAAGAUUGUGCAGGCAGCCCUUGACCGUGUAUCCAAGGAUCGAACCACCAUUAUGAUCGCUCACCGACUGUCGACUGUCCGACAAGCAGAUCACAUUAUUGUCAUGAAAGAUGGAAUCAGCGUUGAGCGGGGAACCCACGAGGAGCUUCUGAAAAUCGAGGAUGGCGUAUACUAUGGUCUUGUUCACGCCCAGAGGCUCGAAUCAUUGACGGAAACCGAACCUGAUCUAAACGAAGCUGCCAACGAGUUGAAGGAAGUUGAAACAAUCGGCUCUGUCGUUCAAGAAAAAAAGCAGGAUGAGGAAAUGGUGGAGGAAUACAAGAACCGUGGUCUCAUCGGCAGUCUUGGUCGGUUUCUGUAUGAGCAGCGUACCUACUGGCGACACUAUGUCAUCACGCUUCUGGGCACCGCUGGCGCAGGAUCCGCCUAUGCACUGCAGAGUUGGAUGUUCGCAAAGCUCAUUGAGGUAUUCCAAUUUACCGGCCAAAAGCUCAUCGAUUCCGCCAAUUUUUGGUCGUUGAUGUUUUUCGUUCUCGCCCUCGCCAUGGCCGUCUGUUACUGGAUUGUUGGAUAUUCAUCGAAUAUCAUCUCAGUUAGGAUUUCCUCGGCUUACCGAACGGAGUACUUCCAGAACAUCCUUAGAAAACCGAUUCCCUUCUACGAUUUAAAUGAAAACUCUUCCGGCUCUUUGGUCUCUCGAUUAGCCACAGACCCAAAGCAAAUUCAAGAUCUACUCGGACUGACUGGAGCAUUCCCAGUGAUUUCUAUAUUCAACAUGAUCGGUUGCAUUGCAAUCGCCUUCUCAUUUGGUUGGAAGCUAAGUCUUGUGGCGGUAUUCGCAGCCAUGCCAUUCAUCUUCCUGGCGGCGUUCAUGCGCAUUCGAUAUGAAAUGCAGUUUGACGCGAUGAAUUCUAAGGUCUACUCCGACAGUUCGCAAUUCGCAACGGAGGCUAUAACAGCGUUUCGUACUGUAUCAACAUUGACAAUGGAGGAUAGAAUCAUCAAUCGGUAUUCGAAUCUGCUCAAAGAGCAACAAUUCAAAGCUUUUCGGAAAGCAUGGUACGCCACACUGGUGUUUGCCUUUUCCGACAGUAUUGAGCUAUGUGGCAUGGCAUUGACCUUCUGGUACGGUGGUCAACUCCUUGCAUCCAGAGAGUAUCAACCCAUUGCCUUUUUUGUAAUCUACAUGGCAAUCAUCCAAGGAGGCCAAUCCGCCGGCCAGUUCUUCAGCUAUGGGCCGAAUUUUGCCCAGGCCAUGGCGUCCGCGAAUCGCAUCCUGAGAUAUCGUCCGAACCCAGCCACGAAGGAUCUUGAGACCAAAGAGAAGCUGCCCCAGGGGGAUUGCUAUUCUGAAGCUAGUGUUGAGUUUCAAAAUGUUUCGUUUAGAUACCCUGGGCGAGACAUUCCUCUUUUUAGAGGGCUGAAUGUCAAUAUUGAGAGUGGGCAAUUUGUCGCCUUCGUGGGUCCUUCUGGCUGCGGGAAGACCAGUGUGAUAUCGCUUCUGGAAAGAUUCUACGAACCAGUGAGCGGCUCAAUCAUGCUAAAUGGCAGAGAUUUACAAUCUAUCGAAAUGUCGUCUUAUCGCAGAGCGUUGUCGCUAGUUGCACAGGAGCCAAGACUUUUCGAUGGCAGCAUACGAGAGAACGUCUGUUUAGGACUCCAAGACACAGAAUACACAGAGGAGGAAAUCAUCCAAGCAUGCAAAGACGCCAAGAUUCAUGACUUCAUUACUUCCCUACCCGAUGGAUACGCAACUCAGCUUGGGGUCAACGCACAGGCAUCUCUGAGUGGUGGCCAGCGACAACGACUCUGUAUUGCUCGCGCGCUACUACGAAAACCGUCCCUUCUGCUCCUAGACGAGGCAACAUCAAGUCUCGACUCGCAAUCCGAAAAGGUCGUCCAGUCGGCACUAGAGCGCCUCGCAGGAAGUAGAAGCAUGACGAUCGUCGCGGUCGCGCACAGACUAGCUACUAUUCAAAAAGCAGAUAUAAUUUUCGUCUUCGGUGAGAGCCAGGCUGGUCGUGGUUCCCGGAUAGUCGAGCAAGGAACUCACCAGGAGUUGCUUCAGAGAAAGGGGACUUAUUGGCAGAUGGUUAGUAUAUAGAUCCCCUUCAUGUGCCUAGCUUUACUAAUCUUGGAACAGUGUCAAGCGCAAGCGUUGGAUAGGUGAUUUUUCUGGCGGGAAUUAUACCGGUUGGUAUAUG